GAUGUUACGUGUAGUGGGGAAGUUUCGGAGCUUGGGUCGACUAAUCCAGGAGGUUUUUUGAGAGGUCCUACAGGAAGCUGUAUGGUAUUAUCACACUUGAUUUGACAGUCUGGGCUCUCCCACUCUGCGGCUGCUGGUUGCUGUCAUCAUGCAGGUGGAAUCUGCGCAAUGUAGCUCCGCGUAGUGAUCUCCAACCAGACACAUAACCGGUCUGCAGCGCUCACACACCGGACACUGGACUCAGCCUACUGUGGAGGUAUAUAGGACAUAUUAACAACAUACGGAAAAGAAAAGAACAUUUGAUGUGUUUCUGCUUACACUUGGUGAACGGUUUGUUUAAAUAUGUGGGCUUCAUCAGUUUGUUCAAUACAAUAUCGCUAAAUUAAGAAUUUCUUUAAGCACUUUUUCUGCUAGGAUAACCACACGAUGUUGUGUUGAUGCUGUCAGGUUGUUUUUCUCUCCUGGCGCAGUGUAACUCAGCUGGAGUCGCAUAGGAUGCCAUGCAAUCCAAUUGUAGGUGACUCUCCGAGUUUAACAGGCAAACAUUUCAAAGAAACGAAAAAGACGUAAUCUUGUGGAUAUUUUCUGAUAAAACAAACGAACACGAUGGACGAAGGCACUGCCAGCGAGACAGUCCCAGAUCUGAAAGACAUAGAGGUGAAAAUCGGCCGGAAGACUCCCGAGGGUUUGCUCAGGUGGAUGCGGGAGGAGGCGUCCUCUAACCGGGGAGACACCAAGCUGGCCCCAGCGCACGAAACCAGUAAGGACACGGGCAGGAAGAGUUUGGAUGACAAGAUCAGGAAAUUGAAGAUGGAGAUGGCUCACUUGCGUUCGGUGGACGUGAAGAUCUUGCAGCAGUUGCUGGCUGUCCAUGAAGGCAUCGAGGCGGUAAAAUGGCUGUUGGAGGAGCGCAGCACACUCACAAGCCGCUGCAGCAGCCUAACCAGCAGCCAGUACAGCUUGGGUGAGGGCCCCGACACCUCCUGGAGAGGCUCCUGGAGCAGCUUGCAGGACCCCAACGACAAGCUGGAUAACAUCUCCAUCGGCAGCUACCUGGAUACCCUGGCGGAUGACAUGGACGAGUAUUGCCCAUCCAGCUCGGAAUCCGUCAUCUGCUCCACCACCCCAAUGGUCUCAGAGGCUACUGCUGGGGGCCGGACAGUGGGAGGCCACGGGGUCACUGCACCUGGUUCUGCUUCUGGGGCUGUGGGAGUCCGGACUGGGGUAAAUGAAAAUGGAACUGGGGUUGGAAAUGGGAAACCAGCUCUUCUAUUUAGCUCUUCCCAAGCCAAGCCUGAAGGCGCCAAACAAGACGCUCCGGUUUGGACGAAGGCUUCAGAGACUGUUAAAGAAAUCCCAGUUUCUAAGGCCAAUAAACAGAAACAAGUCAUCAAGGCUAAUGGCGUCUUGGAGAAACCAAACACGCAGACUGGCAGCCCAACCCGCCCAAUGCGCCCGAGCCUCAACGAGAAACUGGGAACCAACCAGAGCCCCAAUAUCAAACCUUACAAAAACGGAACUAUCGACUUGGAUACUUGCAAAAUGAACGGCAAAAUGCAUCUAGAGUAUGACGCGCACUGGCGAUGGGUGCAGUCGCAAGAAGAUGUGACGUUUUUGUAAGAGGGAUAUUAAGAGGGGACUAAAACCACUAUUGAACACCCAUCUGAAACUUUAUAGACCAGAUCACUGAAGCAAAGCAGAAGAAGAGAGAACUGCUGAUGUACGAUGGACCUAGCAAAGUUUUCCUUGUUGACAGACAAGGGUUUGAAAGACAAAUAAUAGUUUUUGUCUUGGUGGGCCCCCGCCGUGACUGCACUAACUUUCUAUGAAACAUUGAUGUCAGUAUUAUGCUGGAUGCACAUUUCAGGAUUUUGAACGUACUAUAGCCAAACAAGGCUGCCUCACAUCAGUUAGGAAAGAAAAUGUUGAAAUCCUGUGUCAUAGUUUUCUCAGGGUAUUUAUUUUUCCCCCAGUUUAUUUUAUUUUAUAUAGCACAGUAUGACGAUCUGCCUGAGAAGUGAAACAUAAAUUCAGACUGUUUGACAAUACCUGUGUAAAUUAGAAGAUUUGAAUUAUAAUUAAACUUUUUAUUAAAAUAUAAUAUUCCCAUAAGCUACCGUUUAUUUACACAGACCCCCUCAAAGAAUGUUGCUCUGGGAUCUCCUUUAUAUGUCGAGUGAUAGGCCUAUAAGUCCAAAAGCACUGAUAGAGACAACUGCACUGCAUGAAAACAAAUAGAAGACCAAAGUGUUCUCUUCUUCUUUUAGUCAGAAAUUCCAUUAAUGCUACAAAUGUUUUGUCCUAGGCAAUAAUAUAACUGAGCACUUGAUGGUUUUAGACAGUAGUACUUAAUACAUUGUUAACAAACCUGAAUAUUUAAAACCUUUUAAAAAUCCUUUAGCUUGUUACUUCCCAAACGUGUUGCUGCCUGACAAAAGUAGAUAUUAAAAUAGAAUACAGAGCACUGAGGUUGGUGAACGUUUCCCUUAUUGAGAAAUAAUGUACUCAUUCAUGUGUUUGUGGAGCUAAAUACCUUCAGUGCUUAUCCAAUCAUCUGCAAUAUUGUAUAUUCCUUAAAUCGCAAUACAGCUACUCUGUGCAUCAGGUACUAGUCGUGACUGGUUGUUGGCAAAUAUUAAAUAUGGCUGAAUCUUUUUUAUUUUA